AUGAGCCUCGCCGGCUCCGCCCUGGAGGCGGCCCUGCAGGCGGUGGGGCGCGGCCUCGACGCCGCCGGCGACCACCGCCUGCUCUACUGCAAGGGCGCCGGGAGGCUCGUGGCGCUCGACGAGGCCCGCGCGCGGGACCUGCCCAUCGGCGGCGGCGUCCUCUGCGGCGUGCCCCCCGACGUCGAGGUAGAGGCCUACCGCGGCAACCCCGAGCGCAGCCGCCCGCCCCCUCCUGGUGCCGCCCCCGACGAGCCCUUCGUCUGCAGCUUCGACAAGAUGGCGGAGCAUUUCAACAGGAAGGCGAGCUUGCUGGAAACAGUCCCGCUGGGUUCCUUCAACUCGCUCUUCAGCUUUACUGGUUCUUGGAAGAAUGAUGCGGCCGCGACAAAGGCCCUUGCAGUUGAUGGCUAUUCUGUUCCGCUAUAUAGAGUUAAAAUAACUAGUGAUGAACUGGUUCUACAAGAGAGUGUAAAGCGCGCAAUUCCAUAUAUUUGGGAUCCACCAGCAUUGGCUAGCUUUAUCGAGAAUUACGGCACACACAUUAUUACUUCUGUAAUGGUUGGUGGUAAGGAUGAAGUAUACAUAAAGCAGCAUUCCUCAUCCCAAUUGUCUGAAAUGGAGUUCAGAAAUUAUGUCAGAGAAAUUGGGAACGAGAGGUUCUCAGAUGUGGAGAACAAGUCAAAUGCACCCCCCAUCAAUUAUAGCGAAAAGGACAUGACAGUAAUCUUCAGAAGGAGGGGAGGUUGCGAUCUUGUUCAGAAUUCUGUUGAGUGGAUAAAAACUGUUUCGUCAGCACCAGAUGUCAUAGGCAUGACAUUUCUCCCUAUUGUUUCACUCGUCGAUGAUAUACCUGGGAAGAAGCACAUUGCUCGUGCCAUUGAUCUAUACUUGACAUACAAACCCCCAAUUGAAGAGUUACAAUACUUCUUAGAUUUCCAAGUUCCACUAGUUUGGGCUCCAGUACCACUGGGUAUUGCUGGACAAAAUAGAAAAGAGCCUGUGUGCCCGUCACUUCAGUUCAGCUUGAUGGGCCCAAAGCUAUUUGUUAGCACAGAACAGGUAUCUGUUGGGCGUCGACCAAUCACUGGCCUGAGGCUGUGCUUGGAAGGAACAAAACAGAACCGUCUGGCUAUUCAUUUGCAGCACCUUGGCUCGUUACCAAAGAUAUUUCUACCUCACUGGGACUCGCAUAUCACGAUCGGGCCACCAAAAUGGCAAGGGCCUGAAGAGCAGGAUAGCCGAUGGUUCGAACCAAUCAAGUGGAAGAAUUUUGCUCAUGUCAGCACUGCGCCCAUAGAGUACACCGAAACAAAUAUCACGGAUCUGUCUGGCGUUUAUAUUGUCACGGGAGCACAGUUAGGAGUGUGGGAUUUUGGUGCAAAGAGCGUGCUCCACCUUAAACUUUUGUUCUCCAGAGUUCCUGGGUGCACAAUCAGGAGAUCAGUGUGGGACCACAGUCCAAGUUCUGCGAUGCAUAGAACAGAUGAAGCUUCAUCGUCCUCAAGCGACAAUGCUAAACUUGUGAAGAUUGUCGACAUGACAGAGACGUUGAAGGGUCCGCAAGACGCACCUGGCCACUGGCUGGUGACAGGAGCAAAAUUAGGCGUGGAGAAGGGCAGGAUUAUUGUGCGUGCAAAAUACUCCUUAUUGAACUAUUGA